UAUUAGAAGCUUAGAAUCUUAUAGGUAUAUGUGCUAUUAAAACUUCCUUAUGGAAAACUUAGACAAUAAUGCUUGGGUAUUUGAUUCCCUUGUCGGAUUUUUACAUGGCCCAGUAUGGAAUGUUCCGCUACAGACAUUUAUAGAAGAAAAAUCGCUUCCGUUUGAACCAACGGACGAUGGGGAAGUUCUAGAUAGACCUGAAUACAAAAAAAUUCAUGACGAAUACAAAAAUUUGGUGGAUGUAAUGCUUGGGUCUUUUAUGGAUGACAUUGGUAUCUCAGCUGAUCAGUUCGAGGCAGCGUGUCGACUAUCGGCCCAUGAUCUUGCUGGCCUCCCGACUUACUUUCAUAAAAGACUCUUUGAACAAAUUUGGGCGGCUAACGACUAUGAAAUGUUUGUUAAAAUGAUGACCCAUAAGAAUGUCGAAUUGCAACUACAGGCUUUAGAACUCAUUGAGAAAAGAUAUGGUGCUAUGCCAAGUUUGUACUCAACCGACACUGAUGACUUUGAUUCGUCGCGAAGUGAUGAAAGCGCAGAGUGGCCCGAUAAUGAUGACGUAAUGAUAGAAAUAAAAAAAUUGCAACUCGAUGAUUUCGAAGUAAAGGAUGAACCUGCAGUGCCACCAGAACAAGUAAUAGCAGAAAAGCAAACACUCUUAUCGAAACUGCAAAGUUUUGAGAAGAAAGAAGAGAAGUCUGUUAAAUUUGACGAAUCCCUGAAAGUGGAUAAACCCAAAAUUAAACCGAGCAUUCCUUUACCUGUGCCAAAAAAGGCGGAGGUAUCUGAAGAGGAAUUAAAAGCACGCCAAGAAUAUCUAAAGCAACAGCGCGACAAGUUAUUAGCGCUUAAAAAACAUGUCCGUGAAAGGCAGCUCGAUGCGGUUGAAAUCGAGACGUCCUCUGGAGGUGGAGAAGGCUCACAAAAGGCACAAAGGCCUAAAUCGGCUCGCAUGGCUCAAGCGGCGCUGGCCGGCUCCGCGCCCGCGCCUCCCCCCGACGCCAUGCAACUGCGAAGGGCGUUAGCGUCUAAACUGAAAACCGAAGUUGUCGAUGGAACAAUCUAAUUUGCCUGACGGCUCGAUCGUCGUUCUUUCUGUACAUUAGUGCGAGAAAUGGUUGUAUUUAAAGCCUCUCAGUCGUGUUAUCUUUCAUGUAGUCAUUAAAAUAUUGGAAAAAUUUGGUCAGGUAUAAUUUGAUCUUUUUUAGGGUUCUAGAGUUAUCGAUAGAUUCUGUCGAAGGGAUGAAUGCAAAUAA